AUGCAGCAACUGUUGUUCGCGGUCGUUCUGUUGGAAGCCGUUGUGAUAAUCGCGUUUUCUUUCAAAACGCCGUUUAGGAAGCUUCUGAUCAUGGUGCUAGAUCGAUCGAAGCGCGGACGUGGACCAAUGGUGGUCAAGACCGUGGCGAUGACUGUUUGUGUGGUUUUGGUGUCAAGCGUGUACGGUAUGAUGAAGAUCCAUAAGCGUCGUUGGGUCGAUGCCGGUUCGACCAAUCCAACGGAUGAUGUUAUCUUGGCUAAGCAUCUACUUGAAUCGACUCUUAUGGGAGGUGUUCUGUUUCUUGGACUAAUGAUAGACAGGUUGCAUCAUUACAUGAGAGAGUUACGGAUAAGAAGGAAGAGCAUGGAAGCUAUGAAGAAGCAAGCAAUGGGAUUCGAAAGCGUAAAGAGUGGAGUUUCAGAUGAGAUCAAGAAGAUGGAGGAUGAGAUCAAGGCACUAUUGGAGAAGCAGAAGGAGUUGGAAUCUGAAACCGAGACAAUGUCUAAAGAAGUUGGGACUGAGAAAUCAAUUGCGGUUGCUCUACACAAGCAAUCUGAAGGGUUUCUUGUUGAGUUUAACCGGUUGAUGGAGGAAAACCAGAGACUACGAGCUCUGAAACUAGCAAGCUCUAGCUUCAAGAAGAACACUUGA